AUGACGGAACAAGACUCUCCCAUGACUACCAACAGUUUGGAAAGUGCCUUCAGCCGUCUACCACGUCCGCAGCGGGUGCUAGACUUGAGCAGACCAAAUGUUCCAACAAAAUCAGCAUUAUUCCAAAAACAAAAAUCUAUCCAUGUAGCUUCAAAUAACAAGCGCCAUGUCGAUGAAGAUUGUGAACCGAUCCUGGCUACGAAAGUUACGCGGGGUGCGUCUGUGGCUUCCAUAAAGCCUCUUGACACAAAAACUCGCUGCCCCAUCGAAGGGGAUGCAAUGCAGACGCUGGGGAAAUUCACGCAGCAUAGUGUCGAAUGGACUGUCUGUGUCCUGAAAAGCCUUUCGACUGUAGUCAUGGUCAAGGAAGUUUCUCGAACAGCCGGACUACGCGAAAAGAGUAUUCUAGAACGAUUGGAGCAUAGAAACGUGGCGAGAUUGAUGUUUUCUGAUCUUCAUGAACAGAAGAUGAGACUGGGCAUCGAAUAUUGCCGCUUUACGCUCCUUGAAGUCUUGUACGUAAAUUUAAAGCCAGGCGAGCAACAAAUACACUACAUUGCAUGCUCUAUGUUCGAUGCUCUGAUUUAUCUUGCACGCCAUAAGAUUAGUCACCGUUCCAUCAAUCUGAGUUCGAUCCGUCUUACCGUCCCUGAUCUUCGAUUAGUGCUGUCUGAAUUUACGUCGGCUGCAAUACUUGACACAUCGUUUGAGUCACACAAAGAUCUCAACGACCUUGCGUUAGUCCUUUUGGAAUGCAUGGAGGGCCGGCCCCUGCUCUCCGAGAAGAGGAGCACCGACUUCGUCAAGGGGCAGAGAGCCCAAAACAAAGUGUUUGGUCUUAGUGAUCCGGAACGUUGGACAGGCUGUAAAGUCCUGGUCGAUUUCUUGGAUGAGCUCUUUAGCGAAGAGAGGUCGGCCUCCACCAAAUUAUCUAAGCCCGUAGGUAUUCAAACUGCUUCUUGA